ACCCCCGCGACCGCGAGCAGCACGACGACGGGGACGAGGACGAGGACGGGGACGGCGGCGCGGAGGUACGUUGAAUGGUUCCUUCUCAUCACGGUGGUCUCGCUUCUGAAACAUGGCUACGGAUUGGCUGGGCAGUAUCGUGUCCAUCAACUGUGGAGAAAGCUUGGGUGUCUAUCAAGGAAGAGUGUCAGCAGUGGACCAGGUCAGCCAGACCAUUUCUCUCACCCGGCCUUUCCACAAUGGAGUGAAGUGUCUUGUGCCAGAAGUCACCUUCAGGGCAGGUGAUAUUGUGGAAUUAAAAAUUUUGGAGAUACCAGGUCCUGGCGAAAACCAGCAUUUUGGAGAUCUUCACCAGACAGAAUUGAGCUCUUCUGGUGUUGGGUACCAAGUAGGUGUCAAUCAAAAUGGCACAGGCAAGGUAGUCAAGAAACCAGCCUCUUGCAGCAGUGCCCCUCAGAAUAUCCCUAAGAGGACAGACGUGAAGAGCCAGGAAGUCGCCAUUUCUCCCCAGCAGCAACAGUGCUCCAAGAGCUACAUGGACAGGCACAUGGAAUCCCUGAGUCAGUCCAGAAGUUUCCGUCGCCGGCACAACUCAUGGUCAUCUAGUAGCCGGCACCCAAAUCAAGCAACCCCCAAGAAAAGUGGUUUAAAAAAUGGCCAAAUGAAGAAUAAAGAUGACGAGUGCUUCGGAGAUGACAUUGAGGAGAUUCCAGACACAGAUUUUGACUUUGAGGGGAACCUGGCUCUCUUUGACAAGGCAGCUGUGUUUGAGGAGAUCGACACCUACGAGAGGAGAAGCGGCACCCGGUCCCGGGGCAUCCCAAACGAAAGGCCGGCUCGGUACCGCCACGACGAGAACAUCCUGGAGUCGGAGCCCAUCGUCUACCGGCGGAUUACGGUGCCCCACCAUGUGAGCAAGGAGUUCUGCACAGACUCUGGCCUGGUGGUCCCAAGUGUUUCCUAUGAGCUACAUAAAAAGCUGUUGUCUGUGGCUGAGAAGCAUGGGCUGACCCUAGAACGGAGAUUGGAAAUGACUGGUGUGUGUGCCAGUCAGAUGGCGCUGACCCUCCUCGGAGGACCCAACAGGUUGAACCCUAAGAAUGUCCACCAGAGGCCUACGGUAGCCCUGCUGUGUGGGCCCCACGUGAAGGGGGCUCAGGGUAUCAGCUGUGGGAGGCACCUAGCCAACCACGACGUGCAGGUCAUCCUCUUCCUGCCCAACUUCGUCAAGAUGCUGGAGUCCAUCACCAAUGAGCUGUCUCUUUUCAGCAAGACUCAAGGCCAACAGGUGUCUAGCCUCAGAGAUCUUCCCACUAGCCCUGUGGACCUGGUCAUCAACUGCCUGGAUUGCCCAGAGAACGCCUUCCUGCGGGAUCAGCCCUGGUACAAGGCAGCUGUUGCCUGGGCCAACCAGAACCGAGCACCAGUGCUCAGCAUAGACCCUCCUGUGCAUGAAGCUGAACAGGGCAUUGAUGCCAAAUGGUCCCUGGCACUGGGCCUGCCUUUGCCACUGGGGGAGCAUGCAGGCCGUGUGUAUUUGUGUGACAUUGGCAUUCCCCAGCAGGUCUUCCAGGAGGUGGGCAUCAACUACCACUCCCCCUUUGGCUGCAAGUUUGUCAUUCCCCUACAUUCUGCCUAGAGGGACGUGGGCAUCUGUGCCCUGCAGUCCCCUGAACUUCUGCUACCAAACUCAACAAUGACUGCCUUAAGGAUGUGAAGCUUUGUGGACCUUGUAAAGUUUCUCUUUGGGGUUUGUUUUUCCAAGAGAACAGAACAUAAAACUGGCCCGCCACCUGCUCCUAGCCAGGGAAGGCUUUCCCACUCGGGUGCAGGGCAGGCCAGGCCAGUAGCUCCAGGCCCCCGUUCCCUCAAGUUGGGCUUUGUUUACAGACAUAGGCAGCUCUCAGACUGUCUUCAGGUUUACAGCCACUGGGCCUGGUCUGGCACUUUGGGGUGGGGGACCAGGGCCUGUUGGACCUCUACCAGCCCUACUGCAGAGCUGUGGCUUUGUGUGUCUCUUGCUUCCUCUAGCCCUGCCUUCCCCUGCCGAACCGUGACAGCAGAGGCUUUCCUGCAGUGGCUUCACAAGCUGGUUUGGGAGCUUCUAACCCUUUGUUCUGAGCUGAUCCUAAUUAGUGUUGGGAUUUUUCCUAAGGUGUGUGAAUCUAGAGGCAGGGAAGGGGGUGUGGCAUCAGGAUGGUUACUGAGGGAAUUUGAGGCUGAUUUUCUGUCUUUAGCACAGGCCGUAUAAGGAAGGUCUUUUGUAGAGCCACAGUACCCAUCUUGCCAGUAUUGCCCACUCCUGUCAAGCUGGGGUCAGACCCUUAGGGCCUAGCUUUAAUGUCAGUGUUGGGAAGGCCCUGGAGGAGCCUGGUUGCUGAGCUUGAGACUCCCUGGUGCUUGUGCUCUGAGCCACCACUCCCUACCUCCUUGCCUACAGGCACCCCUCCUCUGCCUAUUGUGCUAUCCCAGAGCAAAGUGAAUGCCCCUCCCCAGCUUAGGCUUCAGUCUUGUUUGGGUUCUAACCUUUCUGGUUGUCCUUCUAGAUGUGCAGGUUGGGGCGUGGCCUGCCUUAAAGAUGCCAAAAAAUGAGCCUGGUUGCAGAUGAGCUUGCAGGUAGUAUUCAGCAAUGGGAGCACCCCACUGCUUGGACUCUGGACCUGGGCCUCGCAGGCUGAUAGGAACCUUGCCUGCAUCCCUGGCAGAUUUUAACAAGAAUUGUGCUUUGAAGCCCCCCCCCCCCGUUUCAGGCUUCCUUCUGCUCUGUGCCCUUGACUAGUUGAGGCAUAGGUGGGCAAGCAGGCAGACUUGCCAAGGAGUGUGGUCCUAGCACCAUGGGUUUCAGACUGGUUAUCACCUUCCUUGUAGAAAUAUAGCCAGGAACAGAUGAGGCUGGUCCCACUUUGCCCAUCCUCUGUACUGUGGUCUAGCCGUGGGGGGUGGCCAGGGAUUCGGAGCCUCUUACUCAGGACUUUGCAGCUCAGAAGCUGGGCCCUAUAAGAGGCAAGGUCACAGUUGGGGAACAGUUAGGUAAUCACUCUAGGUUCUAACUGCCUGAUUGCCUAGUAUUACAGGCACUAGACACAUUAGAACAUGAGCGAACUCUGGUCCUGAAACCUGUUCACCAGCACGAAUCACCCUGGAGGUGAUGGCAUCUCCCUCUUCCCCCAGCCUUCAGCCUGGGUUUCCCUUAGAGCUAUUAAAGAUGACUCCUACCUGUAGCUCUUUUCAGAGGUUCCUGCCUAGUGGUCACUCUCAGGUGGUCAAAGCCCAUUGUUAACUCGUGUACCUCAUGGGGAACCAAACGCUAGCACUACAAUAAAGCUGAGUGACUAA